UCAGUUCAGAAUCAGACGACUCCCAGUGCUGAAGUGUAUCGCGGAAGAGAAGAAUUUUCGCGUCGCUGGAUUUCUGUAUGUUUUUUUCUUUGUGAGUUCUGAAGUUCUGAAGCCUAUUGAAUCCCACGGAGGGUUUCGUAGCUUGCGCGUUGAAGUUUUUCGUUUCGUUUCUUGGCAAAACUAGUAGAAGGUUGAUGUAUGUGUUCGACCGGUGUGAGAAGUGCGGAGGAGCAGUGUUGCGCACUGUAGAGAAGUGAGUGCGAAGAAGAAAUGGAAAGAUCGUACCUACCUGUUCUUUCCCAUUGAUCGUGAGUGGAUUUCUGUGUGCACUGUCAAGACCUGCCGCAGCGACCUGCGGGUUUCCACACUUCCAAGGUGUGCGUGAGGGGUGGUUUGCUGCAUGCUAAGGCAUUUUCUGCUGCUGCUGCUUCUGCUUUUUAUUGUUCGGAUUGUUCGAUUUCCGUCGACAGUACACAUGUAAUUAUUUAUCUUCCCGAACGGCAGAGCGCUUAUAUGGUGGAUUCUUUAAGUGAAUGGAAAACGGAGUGCUUUAGAGAAGAGCUUUUAUUGAUUGAGUGCGCUAUUCAGAUUGGAUAUUCGGGGGCAAAGAGGGUCAUCGAAUGACAUCAUGUGCAACGGGAUGGCCUGUGGAGGCCGCGAAGGAUCGGCGAGAUUAAAGUGCGAUCGAUUAAUCAAACUCUGAACGAUUGUACAAUUGUGGGAGGUUUGGGCAGAAGUAAGGCCCGAAAUUGAAACAAGUGACUUCCCUGUGGAGAUACAAGUGCCCCGUGCGCAAAUGACGAAAACACAUUAAACGUGAAAACAGAGAUCUCGUGCGCUCUGCCGACCGAAGCACUGAUUUGAAUGAAGUGUGAAGCGAAAACCUGAUUUUCAUUCAUAAACCGAGAAGAAUUGCGAGAUAGCCUCUGCAACAUCCACUCGAUGAGGCUGUGAGACCUCUCUUAACACUCGUCAGUGGACGGAUACGGUAAACCAAACAAACCGCCCAAUCCAUUGCAGACCUGAAACAACGCUCGAGCACAUUUCUAUUAUACAAUGUAUUCAAAGCUGAUGACUAAUUAGUAAUUCAAUUGUGGAACUGUUGUGUUUUUUUCGCUGUGCUUGGAAUAAUUCAAACCGAAACCGGUGUAACCCUUCUUAAAUAACCGAAACAAAAAAGUGAAGAUUCGCAUGAAAAAAAAUACAAAGUGUCUUGUCGCGUCUACAAUCGGAUUAAUUAAUUCUUGACUAACACCCUUUAGGAAAAUUUGGAAGAAGAAAAGAGCACCCAACCAGAAGACCGAAUCCGGUGCGAGGAACCGUAAAAUGGAAAACGAUACGAUAGUGUGUUCGUGUUCUUGAAAUUUUUGAUUGUUUUUAAUUGUAUCCCAUUAAGAGGCGGUAAAACCGAGGGAAAAGAAGAAAAAAAGGGGCCAAAACUGGUGGUGUGACGAAGACGCGGCGACGGAAGUUGAGAAUAUAAUUUAAUCGAGAAUUGCGCAAAGGCGCCUCAACAACUGGUUACAUCCGAAGCCCACGACGGCACCGGCGACAACGUCUUAGACCCGAAGAAGAGGGGUUUUUAUUGUGGCAGUGACCCAAACGAGAAAACCGAGUGAAUUGUGUGCCCUAUUUGGGUUGGGAUUGAGGCUCCGUGUUCAGCGCGACAGUCUGGGUGGUGUUUGUGUUGGAUAGGGGUAACGACAACAUGGGAGACACAAUGAUGGAGCAGUGGAAGUGGAAACUGUUUCUGGUGCUGCUGGUCCAGCAGAUUGGACUCGGAAGCUGCUAUCUGAAGGACUACAUCCACAAGCAGGAGGAUAACGAAAUGAGAGUUUGCAUCGGAACCAAUGGACGAAUGUCGGUACCUUCGAACCGCGAGUACCACUACAAGAAUCUACGCGAUCGAUACACCAACUGUACCUACGUGGAUGGCAACCUGGAGAUCACCUGGAUCCAGAACACCUCGUACGAUUUGAGCUUUCUCCAGCACAUUCGGGAGGUGACCGGUUACGUGUUGAUCAGCCACGUGGAUAUCCCGCAAGUCAUCCUACCGCGGUUGCAGAUCAUUCGAGGCCGUACGACAUUCAAGCUGAACAAAUGGGAAGACGAAUUCGGCCUGUUCGUGUCGUUCUCGCAGAUGAAUACCCUGGAGAUGCCGGCCCUGAGGGACAUCCUGAGUGGAUCGGCUGGCAUUUUCAACAACUACAAUCUAUGUCACGUGAAGACCAUCAACUGGGAUGAAGUCCUCUCCGACUCCAAAGCCCACUAUCGGUACACGUACAACUUCACCUCGCCGGAACGGGACUGUCCACCGUGCCACUCCAGCUGCGAGGUGGGCUGCUGGGGCGAAGGUGCCCACAACUGUCAGAAGUUCAGCAAACUGAACUGCUCUCCUCAGUGCUCUCAGGGGCGCUGUUUCGGCUCCAAGCCGCGCGAGUGCUGCCAUCUGUUCUGCGCUGGUGGCUGCACCGGUCCUACUCAGAAAGACUGCCUAGCCUGUAAGAACUUCUACGACGAUGGCGUGUGCAAGCAGGAGUGUCCACCCAUGCAACGAUACAACCCUACGAACUACCUCUGGGAACCGAAUCCAGAAGGCAAAUACGCCUAUGGAGCUACCUGCGUGCGAAAUUGCCCGGAACAUCUACUCAAGGAUAACGGAGCUUGCGUGAGGACUUGUCCGUCGAACAAGAUGGCCCAAAAUGGCGAGUGCGUUCCGUGUAACGGAGCCUGUCCGAAGACGUGCCAAGGCGAGGGAAUCGUUCAUUCCGGCAAUAUCGACAAGUACAAGGACUGCACCAUAAUCGAAGGAUCUCUGGAAAUUCUCGAUCAGACGUUCGACGGUUACCAGCAGGUGUUCAGCAACUUCUCGUUCGGGCCACGCUACAUCAAGAUUCAUCCAGAUCGAUUAGAAGUGUUUUCGACGCUCAAGGAAAUCAGCGGGUUCAUCAACAUUCAGGGCUAUCACGCCGAUUUCAAGAAUCUGUCGUACUUCAGGAACCUGGAGGUGGUUGGUGGACGUCAGCUCAAGGAGAAUCUGUUCGCUUCCGUGUAUAUUGUGAAGACAUCAUUACAAUCUUUGGAGCUGAAAUCGUUGAAACGGGUCAACUCGGGUGCCAUCGUCAUUCUCGAAAACGACCACCUGUGCUACGCGCAGGAGAUCGAUUGGUCUAAAAUCAAGAAGUCUGCUGACCACGAGAGUGUGAUACAGUCCAAUCGGAAUCCCAAGACUUGCCACGAAGAAGGAAUGUUCUGCGACGAGCAGUGCACCAAGGCCGGCUGCUGGGGCAAAGGACCGGAACAGUGUCUGGAAUGCAAGAACUUUGUCUACCAAGGCAAGUGUCUCGACAGCUGCAAGAGUCUUCCAAAGAUCUACCAAGUCAACUCAAAGACUUGCGGAGAUUGUCAUCCGGAGUGUUUGGAUUCAUGCUACGGACCUAACGCCGACAACUGUGGAUCAUGCGUAAACGUUAAGGACGGGAAGUUCUGCGUAUCGGAGUGUCCCAUCACCAAGUACAACCUGAACGGAACUUGCGUCGCGUGUCACAAAACUUGCAUCGGUUGCAAUGGGCCACUGGACACAAUUGCCCCCAACGGGUGUGUUUCCUGUGACCGAGCAAUCAUGCGAAGCGAUGGCACCGUGGAACGGUGUCUGAUGAAGGACGAACCUUGUCCAGACGGUUACUACAGCGAACGCGUUGAACAGGACGAAGGACCUCUGAAACAACUGUCAGGAAAAUCGGUUUGUCGCAAGUGUCAUCCGCGCUGCAAGAAAUGCACCCAGUACGGAUUCCACGAGCAAGUCUGUCAGGAAUGUGCCAGCUACAAGCGCGGCGAACAGUGCGAAGACGAGUGCCCGAUCGAUCAUUUUGUGAACGAAGAAACGCGCGAAUGUCUGCCGUGUCAUUCGGAAUGCCGUGGAUGUCGUGGAUUCGGCGAGGACCAAUGCCUGGAGUGUCGCAAUCUGAAACUCUACGAGGGAGAUCCUAACGAUAACUCCACUGCGUUCAACUGUACGUCAACCUGUCCACCGACUCAUCCCUUCAAACAUUUCCCAGUGGAAACCAGCAAGAUUGGACCGUACUGUUCAGCUGAGCAGGUUCAGAGCGGAUUCCGAUUGGAAACGUCAACUACCCCGAUCUUACUGCUUGCAAUACUGGCACCGAUUGUACUGAUCCUAUUCGUGUUUGGAAUGGCAUACCUGUACUGCACCCAGAAGAACAAGAAAGACGCGGUAAAAAUGACAAUGGCGUUGGCUGGAUGCGAAGAUUCUGAGCCACUGAGGCCGACCAACGUUGGACCGAAUCUCACCAAGUUGAGAAUUGUCAAGGAAGCAGAACUGCGCCGAGGAGGUGUCAUGGGCAUGGGUGCGUUUGGUCGGGUGUUCAAAGGCGUAUUGAUGCCAGAAGGCGAAAGCAUCAAGAUUCCGGUGGCGAUCAAGGUAUUGAUUGAGAUGUCGGGUUCUGAAUCAAGCAAGGAGUUUUUGGAAGAAGCUUACAUUAUGGCGUCGGUUGAACAUCCCAAUCUAUUGAAACUGCUGGCAGUUUGCAUGACUUCCCAGAUGAUGCUGAUUACACAGUUGAUGCCUCUUGGCUGUUUGUUGGAUUAUGUGCGGAACAACAAGGAUAAGAUAGGAUCGAAGGCGUUGCUUAACUGGUCCACUCAGAUUGCUCGUGGAAUGGCUUAUCUAGAAGAGCGACGGUUAGUUCACCGUGACUUGGCAGCUCGAAACGUUUUGGUACAGACGCCGUCAAGCGUAAAGAUUACCGAUUUUGGAUUGGCAAAGCUUUUGGACUAUGAUUCAGAUGAGUAUCGAGCGGCCGGUGGAAAGAUGCCGAUUAAGUGGUUGGCCUUGGAGUGUAUUCGUCAUCGUGUAUUCACAAGUAAGAGUGACGUGUGGGCCUUUGGAGUCACAAUAUGGGAGUUGAUGACUUACGGUGCUCGACCUUACGAAGACGUCCCUGCUAAGGAUGUCCCGGAGCUGAUCGAAAUGGGAGGAAAGCUUCCUCAACCGGAUCAUAUUUCUCUGGAUGUGUACAUGAUCUUGAUUUCUUGCUGGCACUUGAACGCAGAUGCUCGUCCUACAUUCACAACUUUGGAAAAGACUUUUGCUGAAAUGGCCAGAGACCCUGGUCGUUAUUUGAGUAUUCCAGGGGACAAAUUUAUGAGACUGCCGUCGUAUACCAAUCAGGAUGAGAAAGAUCUGAUUCGCACUCUUGCGCCAGUAGCUGAAGCUGGAAUACCCGGAACCAUUGUCGAAGCCGAAGAAUACUUGCAACCAAAAACACGUCCGGCUCUAAUGCUUCCGCAGUCGUCAAUGGAGAAACAAGAUGACAUGUCCAAAUCGAUGCGCUACAGCAAGGAUCAACUCAAGCCAGACGAAGAAACGGAUCGUAACGCACGUGAAGUAGGCGUCAGUGGUAUGCGACUGAAUUUGCCACUGGACGAGGACGAUUAUCUGAUGCCAACUUGCCAAAGUCAAGCACCGUCGGUCCCCGGUUACAUGGAUUUGAUCGGAGUUCCCGCUAGUGUUGACAAUCCUGAGUACCUGAUGGGAUCCGCCGGUAGCAAUAUCAGUACGGGCCUUCCAACUCCACCACCGGUUACGCCAUGCAGCAGUGGUAUUAGCACUACUACUCCCAACAGUCCUGUUAAUAGUAUACCUCCUAACAUUAGCACCGUUAACGUUAGCACCAAUCCUAGCAACAUCAAUGCCAACAGUAGCAAUAGCAUCAACAAUAACAACAACACCGUUGUAAACCAUGCCAUCAAGAAGGAAGAAGCCAUACCAAUGCCGCACACGACGCUCAAUGAACCUCAGGCAGCUCCACCAACGCAAACCUUGGGUAUUCCUCUAUCACCAACUGAAACGAUAGAAACCACUUCAGAGCAUGAGUACUACAACGAUUUGCAACGAGAACUGAUUCCGCUACAUCGGAAUGAAACUACGGUGUGAGAACUGAACGAAAUCGGACCACGCCAACCAAAUUGUACAGAACUGAGCUUCCAUUCUGAUUAAUCAUCAUAGGCAAAAUAUUAGGAGAUUUUUAUGAAAGAAACAUCGAAUGAAGCAAUUUUAUAUAGCAAUCGAAUUAGCAUAAAAGAAAGUUCAAAGUUUGUAUCGUAAGUGCCUUCAAUACGUGUAACAUUAGGGAGCUAGGGAAUAGUAACUAAUUGGAGAUAAAAUCUAUCGUGCCUUUAUCAGUGAAGUGGUCACCCGAAGACCACUUUUCAAUAUACACUGUACAUAUAGUAAUAGUAUAGUAACGAAUAUUUAAACUGAACAUAGCUAACGAUGGAUAGCUUCUACAUAGUGUACUUAAAUAUUUACGUAGGAAGGUGUUGAAUAAUUUUAACAAAAAGUAGAGUUUGAGCCAAGUACAAUAAAAUGACGGAAGCUUUCAUGGAAAUGGUGUUGACAGCGCAGAAACGGUCACAAUCCGUGUCCUGUCAAGAAGUUUUGAGUCAGCAACGUGUCUAGGUCAAUUGGUGGCAGACAAAAUUGGCUAAAAUCUAAAAUUUUUUGUAUUUCAUUUUUUAAAUCUGUGAUACUAUUUAUAAUCGAAUGUCAAAUUUUAUACAAUCUAGGUUUUAUUGCGAAGACAACGGUUCGAGAGUAUAUUAUUAGACAUCAAGCAAUAGCAUGUAUGUGUAGUAGUCGAUAGCGAAUAAAAAAUUGAUUUCAAGCUUAAAUAUCUACAUGAAUCCAUCAACUUUCUAGAAUUAACAUUCGCUCCGCAUUACAAUAACCCAUCGAAUCAACGAAUAUUUUCAUGGUAACGCAACUGGUACUUCUCAACGCACACCCACACACGUCAACUAGUAUCGCAUAUUACUUAACACAAUCGUGAAAGAAACCAACCGAAAUCUCUCCUCUGUAUUAUUUUGGCCGCGUACUAUGCCCUAUGACUUUACUGUACAUAUCCCUUAUACUUAAGACCGUGUCGAAUUGUACAUAUUUCGGUCGAAGAUGUAAAACCCUACUUAUUUCUCCUGCGGCUUUGAGAGGUCUGUUUUGCCGGAUACGGCAGAAUGCCGAACCCCAAGGCAGUUAGUGAUUAGAUGUAACCAGCCAAUGGUAUUGGUGUAUGUUAUGGAUGAACGACAACAAAAAGAGGAUGUGUGAAAUCUCUGAGAAAUUAGGAAAAUGUGCCAUGUUUCGUACAUGAAAAUAAAUUUUUAAAUCGCAAUGCUGGGAUUAUCAUUGGUCCUUUAUGAGAGAAUAAAAAGCUAAGUAAAAUGAAUAAACUCACUGUAAUUAUAGACAAGAGGAAAUAGAAAGGCUAUACGACUGUUAGAUAAACGAAGGCACAACAAGCUACAGUACGAUCGUAUAAAUUGUUAAUGUUUCUAAGUUAUACAUGUAUUUUGAACAUUUCAAAUAAAAUGAAAAAUAAAUCAAA